UUGGAAUUUUUUGAUGUCUUAUUUGCAGUCUUUAAAUUACCUUGCUUUGGGUUUUCUUUUUCUUUUUCUUUUUUCAUUUUUUCUUAGAUGUUAGGUUCGCUUUGUUUAAUGAUACUGUUUGAUUCAGGGGAUUCUUGUUUGUGUUCUUUCUCUAUUGGUUCUUUCUCUUUAUGAAGUUUUGUUCUUUACUGUUCUUGGAUUGUCAGUAUUUUUGUGAUUUCGUUUUCUUUUAAGAAUUGGGAGGAGCUGGUUUGGUGAACUACUUGUUUUCUUAGCUUGGAAGACAUGCGAAGUUUGGUGAAAAGAGUUUGUUCAAGGAAAGAGGACCUCUUCUAUUCGUUUUUCCAAUCAUGAUGGAAAUGUCAAUUGGUUUUGUGCUAAAGACUCUGGGGAUCUUCACAAGACUCAUUUUGUAUUUAAAGUUACAAGCUUUCAACUUUGCUUUCGUGGAAUUUCAUAAUUGCAUUGUUUGGAGAAUAUUGAAUGAAAGUUGCCAUCUUGGAAACUUGGGUGGCAUCUCAAAUUGCUAUGUUGCAAUCUGACUUUUGUUCCUAGUAGAAUUUCUGUUAUUGACGCAUGAUAAUUCUCUUUCACAAGUCUCAGAGAGUGAGAGACAGAGUUGAAAAGCUUCUUGUCUUGCUGAGAGAUGGCAGGAAACUUUUGGGAUUACUGCGUUCUUUUGACCAAUUUGCUAAUGUUGUUCUAGAAGGAGCUUGUGAGCGUGUUAUCGUUGGCGAUCUGUACUGUGACAUCCCCUUAGGUCUAUAUGUAAUCCGUGGGGAGAAUGUUGUCUUAAUAGGAGAGCUGGACUUGGAAAAGGAGGAGCUUCCCUCACAUAUGACUGCUGUAUCAGCAGCCGAGAUAAAAAGGGCUCAGAAAGCAGAAAGAGAAGCUACAGAUCUGAAGGGCUCCAUGAGAAAAAGAAUGGAGUUCCUUGAUUUUGAUUAAUAGGUCCUGCUGUUUUCUUAGAGUUCAUGCCAUAUUCGCAAAUAUUAGUGCGAUUGUGACCCAAAAUUUGAACAAGGGUGGGAUAGGCAUGAAAGAUUCUUACGUCAUCUCUGUUAUUGGAGGAAGCUAGAAGAGGGGGAGAAAGUUUUAACCAUUCUGAAGACCUUAUUUGCUAAAAGGUUGGGAAGAGGAAGUUAAUUUUUCUGUCUCUUAAGAGGCAAUGAUGAUGAUUUCCUUGCACCUUUGUAGCAUGGGCUCUAGCUCUAUGUGCAAUACCCAUAAUUUGGUGCUUCAGUGAUUUUAGGGUUUUGAGAGUUUUCUGUUUAUACCAAAAAUUAUCUUGUUUCUCCUUCUUUUAGUUUCUCGUUACAUCCUUUCUAGGCUCCUACAUUUCAUUCGAAUAGAAAUUGUUUCAGAAUUGCUGUGGUUUGUUGCGUUGGUGCCGCAAUCUGUAAUGGCAGUCACGUACAAUUUAUUUGUAA